UCUUCUUAUGGUUGCAGGUGUGGUUUUUGUUAGUUUGGAAGACCUCAACCUUGAAAGUUCAGUUGUGCCUGUUGGUGUGGUAUGGUCAAUAGCUGGAGCUAUUCUUUAUGCCUGUUACAUGGUCUUCCUGAAGCACAAGGUUCCAACUGAAGAUCGUAUGGAUUUUACUAUGUUCUUUGGAUUUGUGGGCUUUUUCAAUACCAUCAUUCUGUGGCCCGGGUUCCCCCUGUUGGAUGUUUUUGGAUGGGAGACAUUUCAGUUGCCAAAUCUGCAACACCUGUUCUACAUGUCUGUUAAUGGCUUAGUAGGAACUGUCCUGUCUGAACUUCUUUGGCUUUGGGGAUGCUUCCUUACUUCAUCAUUGAUGGCUACUUUAUCUUUGAGCUUAACUAUUCCCUUGACAAUGUUUGUGGACAUCUGGCUCAAGGGCAUCAAGUAUUCACUGCUAAUUUAUAUUGGUGCAAUUCCCAUGAUGACAUCUUUUAUUGCUGUCUCACUUCUCACACAUUAUGAAAGCUGGGACCCAUUGAUGGAUGGAAUGAAAUAUCUUCAUAGAAAGUGUUGGAGAAGAAACCACAUGUACAGGUAAAUUUAACUUUAUAUAAUUUGAAGCUGAUGGU